GACGUUUCCUACUUGUCAAGGCUCGGUGGAGGCAGGAUAGCGAGGAGGACGUCUGCGAACUCGCUGCUGCGAGAGCGCCGUGAGAGGCUCGAUCACUGCAGCCCGGAACAGGCGAUCGGUGCCGAGCUGUGGGAGGUAUUCUGCUUAGCAAGAAGAGAAAAAAGCAAAGGGGGGCUUGUGACUUGUGAGUGGGAAGGCCUUUUCGCUGGAAACUGAAGUUCACAGCUGCUCAGAGCUUAAUGGUAGCGGCGCCCGUUGAAACCCCUUUGGUGCGCAUAAUCAAGCAGGCAGUAAGAGGACGAUCAUAAGACAAAUCGCAAAGAAUUCGGCUGCGGCAUCCUUUUCAGCAAUUUCAAAAAACUGAUGAUGAUUAUAAUUAUUGGGAAUAAUAAUAAUACACUGUGUUGCAUCGCCAGGCCCCGGAGCUUAUGUUCCAGUCUACAAAGGAAAGAGCGAGCAAGCGGAGAGAGGUAAAGAAGGGGCUGGUGUUAGUUCGUCUUUCGUAUGAACAUUUGCUUCAUUAAAACAAGGCAAAGCUGUGUUCGGAACUAAUUCGGGAACCGGGAUAUUCAAUUGUGUUUUAACUGCGAACAGUAAGGGCGGCCGCAUCGCCCCGAAGAACGAGAAGAGCGCCGGGGCCAGCAAGAACUGACCUCUUUCAUCCGAGACUGACCGAUGACUGGAACCGCUGACAAAAUAUAAGGAGAUUCGGGAAAGGAGGAUGCCAUUCACACCGCUUCACGCAUUGUGCAGGACGGGGCUGCAGCAAGGGAACUUGUGAACGAAUCCGUUCUCUGCACCUCGGAACCGGGUGUGUUGCUGUGCCACUUUGGCGAGGUUUAAGAAGAUGUCAAGAUAAAGGCAAACCGGCGUGCACGUGAGCGCACUUCCUAUCAUCCCAUCGGUGUGUGCCUUUACCCUCGGAUGCACGGUGCAAAAGCGAGCCCACCUGACACCUCAAAUGUUAUGUAAAGUUUGAAUAGACGGGGAUCUUCAUACAAAACGCAAAACUAUAGACUUCAUUUUUUAUGGGUAAAUGUGGGCUGCUUUCACCUGACAGUCUUCAGCGCUGCCCUAGUGCCCGAGGGCACAACUUUAUUCAUGCUUCCUUUCACAUUCCAGCCUUGUUGUGAUUGGUCUGUGUUUUAGGUUCGCCCAGCCUAGCAGUGAUUAGAGGAGGUAAAAAGCCGAGGACUGCUUCGGAUAUUCAACACAAUCAGAGAAGAGAAACGAAAACAAUGUUUGUAUUUCUUUAGAAUAGUGUACUUAAAUCGGCGGCUGUGGAAGAUUCUGAUUUUAUGUCAUUUUAUUUAUUUAUUUUUGGUGAUCGGGACGAUUCCUGCGACAGCUCUGUCGACCGAGUGCUUUAAGUUAAGGUGCCGCAACACUCCACCUUCCACCCCCACCACCUUGAACGCAGAUCGGACACUUCCCGUUACAGAAAGUGCCAUGCGCCCCCCUGGCAAACAACUCCUUCCCACAUAGAGGUUGUGCCACCUUUUGACUGUCUUGCUGUCUACAGAGGAUGCUGGGAAUGUGUCGUGGGCGUCGGAAGUUCCUUGCUGCCUCUCUUGCCCUCCUCUUUGUUCCUGCUCUCACCUGGCUGUACUUGUCUGCUGGGAACUACCAAGAAGUGAAGCCCUUGCCACUAUCUCCAAUGGCUCCUGAAUCUCCCACUGUAUCAGCUGGUGUUGCUUUAGAGAUGCGGGUUCGAGAGAUGGAGGAAGAGAAUCGUGCCCUCAGAAGGCAACUUAAUCAAUCUCUGAGGGGUCCAGCCCACAGGCCCUCUCAUGGACAACAUGGCAAUCAGUCACGAACAUACUCCACUGAAGAGGGCACAGGUGAUAGUGAGGGAUUACGAUCCUGGACACAAGGAAACAAUUCAGAUUGUUCACAGCACCCUGCAGUGGACAAGUGUGAGACAAUCCAUGUGGCUAUUGUGUGUGCCGGUUACAAUGCCAGCCGAGAUGUUGUGACCCUAGUGAAGUCUGUAUUGUUUCAUCGGCGGAACCCCCUUCAUUUCCACUUCAUCACUGAUUCCAUCGCUCAGCAGAUCCUUGCAUCCCUUUUCCACACCUGGAUGGUGCCCGCUGUGCGUGUCGACUUUUAUGAUGCUGAUGAGCUGAAGUCUGAGGUCUCUUGGAUCCCCAACAAACACUACUCUGGGAUCUAUGGGCUCAUGAAGCUUGUGCUGACAAAGACAUUACCUCCUGCUUUGGAGAGGGUUAUUGUGCUGGACACAGAUAUAACCUUUGCCACUGAUAUCGCUGAAUUAUGGGCUGUAUUUCACAAGUUUAAAGGGCAGCAAGUUUUGGGUUUAGUCGAAAAUCAAAGCGACUGGUACUUAGGCAACUUGUGGAAAAACCAUCGCCCAUGGCCAGCGUUGGGUAGGGGCUUCAAUACAGGUGUAAUUUUGCUUUUGCUGGAUCGGCUACGCAAACUGAAAUGGGAGCAGAUGUGGAGGCUGACAGCAGAGAGGGAGUUAAUGAGCAUGCUCUCCACCUCACUGGCAGACCAGGAUAUUUUUAAUGCAGUUAUCAAGCAAAACCCUUUCCUGGUGUAUCAGUUGCCCUGCUUCUGGAAUGUGCAGUUAUCUGACCACACUCGUUCUGAAAAGUGCUAUAAGGAUGUCUCGGACCUCAAGGUUAUUCACUGGAACUCUCCUAAAAAGCUCCGUGUUAAGAACAAACAUGUGGAGUUCUUCCGAAACCUCUACUUGACGUUCCUGGAGUAUGAUGGGAACCUCCUGCGCCGUGAGCUCUUUGGAUGUCCUAGCGAAGUUGACCUCAACAGUGAGAAUCUUCAAAAGAAGCUUUCUGAACUGGAUGAGGAUGACCCCUGCUAUGAAUUCCGCAGAGAACGGUUCACUGUUCAUCGCACUCACUUGUAUUUCUUGCAUUAUGAAUACGAACCUUCUGCUGACAAUACUGAUGUCACCCUUGUGGCUCAGCUCUCUAUGGACAGGCUGCAGAUGCUGGAAGCCAUAUGCAAGCAUUGGGAAGGUCCAAUCAGCUUGGCACUCUACCUAUCUGAUGCAGAAGCCCAGCAGUUCCUGCGAUAUGCGCAGGGUUCAGAAGUCCUAAUGGGCAGACGGAAUGUGGGCUACCACAUUGUGUACAAGGAGGGCCAGUUCUACCCUGUGAAUCUACUCCGCAAUGUGGCCAUGAAGCAUGUGAACACUCCAUACAUGUUCCUCUCCGACAUUGACUUUCUGCCUAUGUAUGGCUUGUAUGAGUACCUUAGAAAAUCUGUGGUGCAGCUGGACAUGGCGAACACCAAGAAAGCACUAAUUGUGCCAGCAUUUGAGACCCUGCGCUAUCGACUAUCUUUCCCCAAGUCCAAGGCAGAGCUACUGUCCCAGCUAGACAUGGGCACCCUUUUCACAUUCAGAUACCACGUGUGGACUAAAGGUCAUGCACCCACAAAUUUUGCAAAGUGGCGUACUGCUACAACUCCAUACAAGGUGGAGUGGGAAGCUGACUUUGAACCUUACGUCGUGGUCAGGAGAGAUUGCCCUGAGUACGACCGCCGUUUUGUUGGCUUUGGCUGGAACAAGGUGGCACAUAUAAUGGAACUGGAUGCACAGGAAUAUGAAUUUGUUGUGCUGCCGAAUGCCUACAUGAUCCACAUGCCUCAUGCGCCUAGCUUUGAUAUCACCAAAUUCCGCUCAAAUAAGCAGUACCGCAUCUGCCUAAAGACCCUCAAAGAAGAAUUCCAACAGAACAUGUCUCGCCGUUAUGGUUUUGCUGCUCUCAAGUAUAUGACAGCGGAGAACAACAGCUAGAGAUUCACAAAAGAAAAAGAAGGUUUCAUGUCUGCCUUUAGUAAUACUGUGAAGGGAAACAGGCAAUGAGACAGACAUUUGCAGAGAAAUUAUUAGAAGCUGCUUGAUUAUUUUUGCAAGCUGUCGCGAAAGGAACGCUCAAUAAAGGUGGCUUGGACCCACAAUCUCAUUACUACAUACAAACGCUGAACAACUCUAAGGCUGGAGAGGAACAGAGCCUACAACACGAAUCCUCAGGCUCCCUGUUUUCUUUUGAUAUUUGGUUUUUACUGCCAUUGCGUAGGAUUUGGGGGUAAUGUGAAGGCACAUUCAGCUUUGGUUCCAUUGUAAGUUGUCAGAUUGAGUACAUUUUGUGACCUCUUAAGUCCUUCAUUAAGAAAUGUAAACUUAGUGUUUGUUGUUUACAUUGGUCAGUUAUUCUGUGGCUUUAAAACCUUAAAAAGAAAGAAGAGAACCAAAGCUGGCCAAAGCUGACCGCUGGCAUGAGUCUCUCACUAAAUAAUGGAACUUAAUGACUUGUCCUUAGAUGGGUUUCAACCCUUGUUAAAAAUCACUGCUUGUGUAAUGUGCAACUCAACUUGAGCCUCUGCAGCCCAAGAGGGAAGGCUGGCUCCAAAAUCAGCAUAUGCUACAAAUGUGAGACAUGCCCCAUUGUUCAGAAUUGAAACUCGUUUUACCUAUCGAUAAACCGCUAAAAUUGUUAUUCCAAGUAUUUUAAAGAUCACUGGUUUAACUUACUUCAAAUUAGCCUAUAUUUACUGAGUACAUUCUCUUUUGUUGUCAAUAUUUUGUGAAAAGUAACAUCUGACCUCCCAUUAAUGCCUACACCAGGCAGCACAAGUGGAUUGUGUGGUGUGUGUCUGCAGGGCUGAUUUAUGAGGCUCUUGGGGAGGUGACACCACCCAUAACUAUACCUUAGAACCCCAAAAGUUUAAAACAAUUGCUCUCCAAAAAUACAUGACAUGAACUUUUUCAUACCAAGAAGUGUGAGGUUUUGUGCACCUGCAGCGACCAACACGACAGUGCAUAACAUACUGUAAGAGAAAUCUGGCAACUAGUGACUUGAUUGCCUCGAAAGCUACUGAAAACUGGAAACAAACACUUUUUCUUAUUCUUGCUUUUGUUUUCUAUCAGGAAAAUAGAAAUAAUAUAUAUUAUUUUGUUUUUCUUUUUUGGGGACCUUUGGG